AUGAGCGUAACGUAUGUCCUUCGUGAUGAAUAUCCCAGACAAGCAUUAGAGAUGAUGGUUACUGGAAGGGAUAGGUUUAUUUACUUUAGGAGACCUAUGGUUUCGCUGCUUCUCCCACAAGUUCCUGAAGUUGUUAUGCAGAUCCCUGAAGAGAGGAAAAUGCAGGAGUCGAUUGAAAGCGAGCAGCCUAUAGAACUUACCAAAACAGUUGGAAUUCAAACAGUUUUCAGGGAAUCUGAAGCCCAAACUGACCCAUACUCUCCAGAAUACACUGUCAAACCUGGCGAUGACCCAGAAAUUCUUGGCUUCAAAUAUUUCACAUAUGGAAAUGGUCUGCCAGCCUCCAUGGCUGAAAUGGAGCUGAUAGAGCAAGCUAGGGAGAAAAAAAGGUUCGAGUUAAUGCUUCCAGCUUCCACAGAUGAAGCUUGCUUCGCGCUUAGAAGAAAGCUUAUGGAUGAGCAAGAGUUCAAAGAGUGGGCCAAAUAGACUUAGUUUAAGAAGAAUCCUUAUGUCGCCCUUCAUAUUGCACCACCUAAAUCCUGGGUCUUAACAGAUGUCGAGCGGGACACCUUGGCUUGCUGCCCUAGGACCAGGCCGAAACCGGCCCCAAACUAUGUCCAUGCGGGACAAAACCUCCUAGAGGGAGUAAAACCUAUUCAUCAAAGCUCUCUCCGGAUAUUGUGCUACAAGAGCUUCUCUUUCUCUCACCAAGGGACAAUAAAAUGUACGGGAACCCAACCAAGGAGUUCACCCUCACCGAUUAUCUUAAUCUCCUUACUGCCUGGAGCCAGGAGUCUUUAGUGGGAGGCCAGGAGUUCUCCAGAACUAAAUCCUGGAUUCUUCAGCAGUUUUCACCAAUAUCGGUACACCCUUGCUGGAAAACGGCUACAGGUCUCCUUUGGACUUCCCAUUUUAACUAUGAAACUGGACCAAAAGAGAAAGUGACAUAAAAAGAAUUCAAAAUGAAAGACUAAAUUUAUUACACACAGCUUUACUUGACAGAGAAAAAGAAAAUGAAGAAAGAAGUGCCCAAAGGGUCGAGGAAUUAAAAUUAAAAAAAACUGAACAAAAAGAUCGAGCUUUAGUCAAAAUUGGGAGAAAAAGAAUAAAAGUCUUAAGAAAAAUGUUCAAGCAAAGGAAAGUUGCUGACCAAAUGACAGUGAAAAGAGACAUUAUUGAAGAAUACGCAGACUAUGGCAGCAGAGUAUAUGCAGGAAUUACUAGAGAAGGUCUAAAUUUAGACAAGCUCGCCAACAAAUAUGAAGUCCAGCCUGAAGUCUUAACUACCUAUGUCGGGCUAAGAGAAUUAAGUGAAUCUUUACCAGCCAGAAUUACUGAAACAGUUGUAAACGUAGUCUUAAUUAGAGAUUAUCCGCUGCUAAGCUGUUACUUGUUAACGCAGUCACCCAGACCCCCUCGAGGGUUCCUCCGCUUUGCGACUUCCGCCUACAGGACUCUGAUUUUACAGCUAGCCUGUUCUGUUGGUCGUCUCCUCCUUGCAAGCUACAACCUUGCUCCAGUCUUGAGUGGGCAGAUUUAGGAAUUCUGCGGCCUUGCUUGAGGCUGCGAGCACGAGGUUGCCCAUUCCGAAAAUUUGAAAAACAAAUUUUCUGGUAGGGCUGUCGGCCAGAAAGGAAAUCCAAGCCCGGGACGCAACGCCCAUAUCGCGCUAGGGAGUUGCUCGAUUGAUCAGAAGAAGACUUCUGAUGCUGCUGAGCUUCCCCUUUCAAACUUGGAAGACCCUUCCUCCUCGAGGUAAAACCCUUGGUGACAGAAGGAGCUGCGGUCGACCAAAUUCGACAUUGCGCUCCACUGUGCCAAGGUAAAACCCUGCCGGAUACACAUUCCGAGCGCCUUCUCCCCUUCCACAAGGUCCCCGGAAUAUCCGGCUACAGGUGUUGAGAAAAAGGCUGGCUUUCCAGUCGCCAUUUUUAUGUAUAUGUUGUAAACGUAGUCAAAGAAAAAAAUAAAAUUGAAAAAAGUUAUAUAUUUUAUAGGAUAAAAAUAGUCAUUUUAAUAAAAAAAUAAUAGAAAGGGAAUUUGUAUAAUAAAGGAUACUAGAAAAGAUAUCCAACGCAGAAAUGCAUUAAGCAGGGCCCAACAAGCUAUUGACGAGCUCUACAAAGCUCCUAGUGAAAUUGAAGACAGCAAAGGUCCAGGCCGCCACUCAGUCCAAGAACUAAGAUAUCGCCCAGAAACUCCAAGACUUGAAGCUACUGAAAGUGACGCAGAAGAGCGCCGAUAUAUCGCUGUUGUCCUUUUACAAAGACUCCUCAGAGGCAGAGCCAUACAAAACGCUAUGUUUGAAGGCAAAGAAAAAAGACUGGACUUAAUAGGAGAAUUAAGAAGGACUGGAGAAAUGGAAGAACUCACUGAAGAAGACCAGGAGCGUGCUAUUUUGAACGCUUAUAAAGAAAGAUUGCUAGAUGGGACCAUUGAAGCUUUACAAGGCGAAUUUAUAUCAGAAACCAUGGACAAUUUAAGCAAGGAAUUAGUCAGACUGAAACAGGAAAGAAAAAUCACUGCAAUUGUGAAGCAUGCAGAAAGAGAAAGAAGGAAAAAAGAAUGCGAAGAAGCUGGCAGAAGGCAAGCUGAAGAAAUCUUAAGGGCUAGAGAAGACGCGCUGUUUAGAGAAAUUAUGCAGACCCACCAGGGGACUGUGGAUAGCUAUUUGCAAAAUAUUAUGGGACAGGCUGUUGAAGGGGCUUCAGUCACCCAGGCUUAUGAAGAAGCAGAACUGAGGGCGUUCCAGUUAAAUAGAAUUGUGGAUACUUUGGAAGAUAGACUGAAUAGGCCUGAAAUGAUAGUUAAAGAUUUAGUAUCAAGCUUCUUGAUACCUGAAAUUGAGAGAACUAAGAUACAAAGGCAGCUGAAACUUGAAGAAAAAAGACACCUUGUGGCUGCAAGACAAGUAUUAAAAGAGACUGCUGAAAAAACAAGGAAAAAUUUAAAUAAAAAAUAA